UACUCACUAGUCCACAGAAGAUAGAAUUGAAUAUCUCAUCCUGCCUGGGCCUUUCUGAUUGUUGAUGGGGGAGGGGGUGGCUGUCACUUGGAGAGGCCUGAGCUGUUUUGGGCCUAUCUAGGCAUUUUCUUGGCCUAGCUGCCCUCACCCUGCCCUUGGAAUGGUUCUGGCUGGGUAGCAGCCUCUGGUGUGGGUGAAAUUUGGGACUGGUUUAGGGCGGGGAUAAGAAUAAGAACACAGGUUACCUUGUGUUGCUGGAGGGGAGGGCAGGAAGAAACUGGAGAUCCCAUUCCCCUGUCCCCCUCCGCACCUUGGCUCACUCACUCUCGCUCCAAGGCUGUGAUGGCUCAGUCCUGGGAGUUCCUCGUUGUCUUCCUCUUGCUGUCUGCCUCCCCGGGGCCUAGUGUCGGAGGCCGUCCCAUGCCCAAGCUGGCUGAUCGGAAGCUGUGUGCUGAUGAGGAAUGCAGCUACCCCAUCUCCAUGGCUGUGGCCAUUCAGGACUACGUGGCCCCUGACUGUCGUUUCCUGAACAUACAGAGGGGCCAAGUCAUCUAUGUCUUUUCCAAGUUGAAGGGCCGAGGGCGGCUCUUCUGGGGAGGCAGCGUUCAAGGAGAUUACUAUGGAGACCUGGCUGCUCGCCUGGGCUAUUUCCCCAGUAGCAUUGUACGUGAGGACCAGCCGUUGAAACCUGGAAAAAUCCAGGUGAAGACAGAUAAAUGGGAUUUCUACUGCCAGUGAGCUCAGCCUACCGCUGUUCCAACCGUUUUCCCUCCCCGGUUUUAUGCAAAUACACCAGCCAAGUGCAAA